AUGGCUCCAGACGUGCCGCAAUGUCAGGCUCUCAGGGCUCCUGACAAGCAGCGCUGCACCAAAGAAGCUACUCACGCUAACCAGUUGUUUUGUCUCUUGCACUCCAGACAAGCUCAUGGAUUGUAUGUCGGUUACAAACGUCGCAAUGCAAAGCUUGACUACCUGGAAAAGAACCCCCCAGCCUAUUUGGCUGAGACGGAUAUUCCUCUGGCCAAUGAUAACUUUAGCGACGUCGAAGAUGAACAAGCCAUUCAAGACGUCAUCAAUCAUCUUCUCAACACGUACAGCACCCUCAAUCGUGUGAUCGAGGCGCGCAAACAGCACCAUCUGCGCUUUUACUCUAUCAAUUAUGAUUACGGCCACCAGGCAUAUAUCGACAAGCUUGUCAGUCAGCGUCACAUCACUCUGUGUGCUCUUGAGAGAGCCAGGAAGCGCUUCCUUGCUAUCCAUUACGAGAAAGAGCAGUGGUACUCUUGGGUUAAGCACGCUCAAGACGAACAGGAGGAGAAUCGGGAAAAGGAGCAGAAAAAGAUCAAGCAAGAAGCUGCUUUGUUCCAGCGUCAUAUGAAGCAGUUGGAGACACGACUCGAACUCAUGCGCAAAAAGGAAGACCAAAAACUCCAGGAUGCCUUUCUUGACGAAGCCUACAAAGAGCGUAUGGAGCAAAACGCCCACGACGCGGAUGAUGAAGCUUGGGAUCCCAUUGAGGACAUGGAGGAAGACAAGCGAAACCAGUACAUCGAUCUGAUCAAGCACUUCCUCUGGAUGCCAAUCGACCUCGAAGAAAAGGCUUCCACUGCCAAUGAUGCGUCAUCAAGCGCCACUGUCGUAGAGGCAUCAUCUACCUCAGCGCCUGCCCCGGAGCCUAAAGGCUCAACCCCUUCGGCUCCUGUUACGAAACCCAAAGCCAAAAAGAAGAAAGCAAAAAACGCUUCCAAGAAAGCUAGUGGAGUCGAAGACACUCUGGUAGGACAACUAAAACUUCUUGCUAUGGCUCAGCGAGCUCAAUCUAGCGACGAGCCCGAAUUAAAAGAGCCCGACAAGAAGAACAUCGAGACUGAGGAGGAGAUGAGAAAGCGCUUGAGCGAAGGUGUCAAGAAGAACUUGGACAACUUGUCUGGUAUGCAGAUGGUGGGUACUAUGGAAAACCCACAUGAGACGUGGGACAGGACGGCGCCUAUCCCCGAAGACGAGAUCGACACUCUUAUCCGCGACAUUCGAGAGAUCAAGCUCUAUCUAUUCUGUCGCCUAAUUCUAUCGCAAGCUUCUCUGCUCCCCGCUGCGCUACAAGCCAGCAGUGUCCAAGAAUUUCUAGACGACAGCACAGUUGCCGAAUCUGACCUCAGAGAUCUCUGCCUCAAGGUCGCAGAGCCUACUCUGCAGGAUAUCAGAGACGCAUCUGCCGAUUUUGCUCGCGGCGACAAACCAGAAGAGUCAAUCCCCAUUGACGAUGAUGACGAUGACGACGACGAGACUAUGGCAGAUCUUGUUAAAGGCGAUAGUAAAUAUUCUCAUCUUCACACUCACGACUGGUUCACAGAUAGAGUUAUGACCUACGGAGAGAAGAAGAAGAAGAAGAAAAAGACAAAGCGCCCAAAGUCAAAAUCCAAGGUGACUAUCUGCGGAAAGAGUAUUUGGAAUCACGCUAGUCGGAAUCCCAUGUCGCGAGAUGGCUGGCUUCAGUUCUCCAUCAUGGCCAAGGACUGUGACUUGAAGCACGCUGUACAGCUCUGCAGAAACUGGUCCGAGUUCUCUGACCUGAACUUGCUUACCAUCUGGCAAUACUUCCCCGCAUCCAACUGGGGGUCAUGGGGUACGGACCGGUUCACGCAACAGCUCCAGCAACUUGGGUUUUUCCCUUACUUCACCGACUUUGAUGCCGAGAAGAACACUCACCAUCGUCAAGUCGGUGGUCGCAGCGCAGGGCGUCGCCAGCACGAUAUUGUCGAAGCAAGGAACAUUCUUGUUGGGAACAUGAAGCGCAAUGACCCUGUUACGAGACGGUUUAUCCAAUACCUUCUUCUGCGCGCAGGUGAGCUGCUGGUUAUAGUCCGUGAUGGUAAGACCGGACGAGUCAUCACUGCUCCGGAUAAGGAACAGCUCUGGACGUUGAGAAGAAAAGCCGGGCUUGGAAGGGCCACUAAGAACGAGUGGGAUAACAUCCUAGAGAUUGGUCCUGAGUUCAUGAAGUUGACUGAUAUGCUUCGUGAGUGGCGCUUUGGAUUCAACGAUUUUUAUGAUGUCUAUAUCUGGGACUUUGUACCCGGUGAGGACCAUGCAGAAAUGUACAACAGGGUCGUCCUGGAUCUUCGUAAUGCAUGGCGUAUCAAGCAUCCACGCGAGAUGUAUAACCAUAUGGAACCUCUACUUCGCAGCCUGCACCGCGACUCCGACACUGGGCACACGCGACAAAUCAAGCCUGGCGAGGAUGUUACAACUAUGUGGGACGCUGUGACGGACGAACGAACGCAGGUCAAGCUAUUCAAUGUUACUGGCACGCAAGUCAAAGAACACAGCGACGCCGAGAUGGACGCGGCUAAAUACAUGUUCUACAACAAGGCCAAUGAGCUUGAAGACGCGAUUUUGUUCCCCGACGAACUCACUUCUGACAGAAAAAACUUUGCCUUCAGAGAGAUCAGAAAUGGAGUGGCAGAUAUUGAAAGUGGUGUUUUGCCCAGCACGGCUCGACAUCUGAAGAAAGGGUUGGAUGCUAUCAACUUGGGCAAAGACCCGUACAAAGCACUUCGUGCAGCCAAGGACCAGGAGGAAAUUACAAUCUGGGGUGUCCCAAAUGUAUGGGCCACGGGUCUUGUUCAAGCUCGUAAGGAGAAGCCGCAUCCUACACAAAAGUCUCUGCUCCAAAAGACCGGUUUGAUGAGAGCCCAUAAAAGUCUAAGUUUUGACAGGCUUUUGGACAGCUUGGAGCCUAUGGAAAUGAUGGAGCGAGACAGAGCGUCCAGCUUUAAAGAGUCUUUUCACGCCGGUGAUCUCGAACCAGGCUACAACGCGAAAUACACCCUCCUUCAAAACACUCUUCAGGCAAUGCUACAAACAGAACACUCUGGCCCUACAGACUGGGUCUGGUACAUCGCCUCUAUCCUCGAGUGGCUCGAAAUCCGUGGUGAUUACUCGCCUUACGACUACGUGCUUGAUCCUCAAGCUCCGUGGCCGCACAGCUUCAUCGUACAAGACCUAGUACAAGCGUUUGCCAUGACAGCAAUGUUCUUCCCUGGCUUGGAAGUUACCAAGCUCGUCACUAUGUUUAUCAAUUCGAGUCAAUGCGAUGAGUUUCGCAAGAGCGGCGUCUUCGAUGUUGAGGAAAGGUCCAAGGUGAGGCCUGAUCGACGCACGAGGACAAGUCACAAGUUCAGAGAGAAGGGCUUCUGGAAGGAGUGGGAGGAGUUUUACAAUAAGAAAACCGAUACCUUCUGGGCGGAUGAUUAUCCUAUGGAAUGGAGUCUGACUGUUCGACCCACCCUUGCUCACUUAUAUCGGGCGGGUAUCAUAGCCCCAUUCAACGUCCAGCCGCACCCUGAAGUCGUCCUGGGUAUAGCCACAGCAGAAAAGGAGCCUCACCGUCCCGAGAAACUUGACCUCUUCAUCAACUACGAAGACAAAUACGGCAACUUCAAACAGACUUUCCCGCCCUCUUAUGUGCCACCCUCCAAAUGGCCACAUAUCCUCCCAACCGCCCAGAAGUUUGUCCAAAACAACCCAACUGCACGCUUCGCCAUUUUGCGUGUUUGGUCACCACCGCACUUUUACCCAUUCAUGGUCGGCCGUUUCAAUCGUCCCAUGACGAGCUUCGUCGACAGCUUAAAUCGCUCGUGGGAGUUCAAGUUUGUGCCUAAGGAUAUGCCUGGCAGUGAGUUUAGCGCUCAUCACAGUGUGGAGCUGCGGUUGGAGACUCUCAAGCGCCAGGUUGGAAACCGCGUGAUGAAUCGAGGUGACUUGAUCCUCGUUAUGGGAGAAGAUGAGAAGGACUUGUUCAAGUAUUGUACGGCGGUUGUGUUUGCGAUUCAGACUAAGCCGUGGCUGAGAGAGAUUGAUCUGUGGAAGAGCUUUAUCAAUGUGGAUGUUGAGUUUAUUGAGAAGUUGGAUACUCAUUGGCUUGAAUAG